UUCCCCUCGCUGAGCUCACUCUCUCUCUCAUCCUCUGCUCCGGCUCUCAAACGCUCUGUUGCUCAGUGAACAGACCAGACCUCUCCUCUCCACUUCUUCUCUUCUGCUACCCCUUAAGUCUGCUCUAUCCUCUUCUUUUAUCUGUUUCUUCAUCACAUUUCUUCUUCAUCCCCGUCUGUCCCCCUGCCCACUACCACUACCACCUGGGUGCCAGGGGCAUUAGUGGGGGUCCCGGUCUUUUUGACUGUGUGUGUGUGUGUGUGUGUGCGUGUGCGUGUGUGUUUAUGUGAGAGCGUGCCGGUACUGUUUUCAGCAUGGAAGCGGUGGCAUUGUACACGUUUCGUGCCACAGAGGGUGAUGAGCUCAGUUUCAACAAGGGAGACUUGCUCAAGAUCACCAACAUGGAGGAUGAUCCUAACUGGUACACGGCCGAACUCCACAACCGAAAAGGGUUCGUGCCAAAAAACUACAUCAACCUGCGUCCACACGCAUGGUUCGCCGGUCGCAUAUCUCGCGGCGUGGCAGAAAGUCGACUCAGAAACAGAGAGUGCGGCGCCUUCCUGGUCAGAGAGAGCGAGAGUGCUCCUGGCGAGUUUUCCAUGUCUGUCAGUUAUGGGGAUCAUGUUCAGCAUUUCAAGGUACUGCAGGAUCGCUGUAGUCAGUACUACGUGUGGGACGAGGCGUUCUCCUCUCUGAACGAGCUGGUGGACUUCUACCAUAGCAACAGCAUCGCCAAGGAGAGGACGGUCUUUCUGAGAGACCCCGAGCACUUUGCCAGGCGUUCCCAUCAUGCCCAAGCUGUCUUCGAUUUCACCCCGCACCACCCGUCCCAGCUACGCUUCCUGCGUGGUGAUGUCAUUGAACUCAUUGACUGCUCUGAUUCGGUGCGCUGGAGGGGCCGUUGCCAUGGACGCGUGGGCUACUUCCCUCCAGAGUACGUCCAGCCCAUUUAUCACUGCCAGUGACCUGACCUCGUGUCAAACAAGCGCACGGCCAUUCCUUCGGGUUCACCGACGAGCCAUCCUGAAAGACACUCACGCUGCUCCCCCGCUCUGCACUCGCCCGUCAACUUCCUGGAGCAAACGACGGAGCUACCACCGAACGACCCGUUCCCUAAACUGAUUCCUCCCAAUGCCCCCCUGUGAUGUCGCCCUUCAAAUCAGCCUUUGCUGCAGGCUCAUCUGAUCAUCUGAUCCUGAAGUCUCCACUUUCUCCUCCGAUCCAGACAUGGACCUUUACACUGUGGAGAACUCUCACAUAUAUUCAAAGUCAUACAUACUCCCAGUUAUAAUCAUUUAUUACAGCUUACCAGCUCUAGUAUAAAAGUAACACACAUAAACACUAAACUGAGGGAAAAAGUGUGUGGCCCAUGAAAACUCCUGAAGGAAGGGCAGGCUUGCUCUCUGGCUCAUUUACUCCAGUAUUUUGCCAUCCUUUUCACCGGGAGCUGGACAGAAAGACACAGAAAGUCAUUGUGAGUGUGAACACUUAGACGAUACUGACACAGCAGAUUCCUCUCUCACUGAGCUGGUGUGUGUG